AUCAACAGGUCCAAUAUGAUCUCAUAAUUUAAUGUUAGCUAUGCUAUACAGCUUUCUGGAGUAUUCUGAAUAGCUUGAUAAACAUAAUGAUAAAACUAUUUAUAUGCAUUUUUCACCAAAAAUUUUAUUGUAAGAAAUUGACAAAAAAUCGCAAAUGGUAAGAUCUUUAUAUAGUUGCGCUAUGGACUAUUCAAAAGGCAAACAAAUUUAACAUUGCAACUUUUGAACACUUUUAAACAAAAAAUCUAUAUCUAUUGUUUUGUUGACUGGCCACCACCUUAUGUGCAUUGGGAUGUGGAUACUUGGAUGAAUUCUUCACAUUGUGCUGAAUUAUUAAAGUGACGAGAUGAUCAAGAGAGGGUCAACCAGUGCCCUUCUUCAGAAGGCCCAGUCCCAACUGAGAGGGGAGAAAGUCUCCAAGGGCAAUGAGGAGGAGGAUGAUAUCAAUGCCUACAUCAAGUCACUGACAAAAAAGACAACAACCAGUCAGCAGAAGAAGACAGUAAACUUUGAGGAUGGCGACAUCUCCAUCUCCAGUGAUAUUGACACUCACACCCAGACCAGCUCCUCACUUACCAAGAAACGGCCGCUGAUAACCUCUGGGAACAAGUUUUUGAAGAAAAAGCAAACAGAAACAUCUCAACCUACAGCAAAAUACCUCAAGAAGCCACAGCUGUCAAAUGCCAGUCCUGUACCUACUGUGUCUGGGGACAUGGCACGCACCAACAAACCCAGGGAAUCUGCACAGACUUCCUCUGCUCUCAGUAAAGCAUCACUUCUUAGUAAUAAAUUUGCCAAGCGGUCAGCAGAAACAAGGAAAGUCUUCACUUUAGAGACAGACAGUAGUGAAAGCCUGCAUACGCCAAGGCCUGGGUCUUCUCUUGGAAUGAACAGUGAUAGGUCAAGGUCAGGGGAAAGGCCUAGGUCAGGGGAAAGGCCUAGGUCAGGAGAAAGGCCAAGGUCAGGGGAAAGGCCAAGGUCAGGGGAAAGACCAAAGUCAAGAGAGAGACCUGGAUCUGCCGAUUCAGAUAGUGUUAGGAUCGGUAGAGAUGGGUCCAAGUUUAUGAAGAAGAAAACAGCAGUUCCUGAGCCCCAAAGAAAGAGAAGUCCUUCUCCACAACCAGAGCAAAGACGAAGGAGUCCCUCCCCCCUACAGGAGGCACACGGGAGGCGGAGCCCAACACCGACCAGGAAAUCAAGGGAUAAGAGAGCUGUGCUGACUGGAUUGUCUGCUGACAUUGUCCUGUCCUCUGGUGAAGAGAGCCUGGCAGAGUUUGUGGCAGGAUUAGAUUCUUCUGAGAGUUUUCCAGGAGGAAAAGGGAAACAGAAGGUAGAAGGGAAACAGAAGAAAGGAAGAAGAACCCCCUCCCCCACGAUACCUCGCUCCCCCUCGCCGGAUACAAAACCUCCCCCAGCCAGAUCCCCCUCCCCUGGCCCCUUCAGAUCUCCUUCCCCUGGCCCCUUCAGAUCCCACACUGCUGGCCCCCCAAGGUCUCCCUCUCCUGUCCCCCUGAGAAGACGAUCACCUAAGCUUCACCGCUCACCUCACUCAAGAUCCUCAUCCAUUGAGUCUGAUGUUUUAGAGAGUGACAAGUACGAUGAAAGCUCAGAUGAUGCCUUCAGAUUUAAUUUGAUGGAUAUUGAUGCAUUAGAGCCAGCCAUAGUAAAGUCAGAUUCCAAGACAAAGGAUAGCUCUAAAAGAAAACGAAAAGACACCUCAAAAUCUAAAGCUAAGAAAAACAUCAAGAGUCCAUUCAAACCACAAAAAUCUACACCCAGAAAGCAGAAGUCCUCGGAGAAGGAGGACUUGUUUUUCGGACUUCAGACCGUUGAGGACCUGUUAGGAGGUGUGUCAGAUGACCAUCCUCCUAGUGUGGCCAGUGAGGAAGUGAGAACAGAAUCAGAGGACAUUCCCGAGGAGAUUGGUCCUCCUAAAAAGAAAACAACUUCAUUUCACUCUGUUCUUGAGUCAGAAAUUAAGACUCAAGAGGUUAGUACUGUGCAUAGGUCUUAUUCCGAUGACUUUGAUGAUACUAUUUCUGAGCGCAUCGGCGAAUCCCAGAAGAGGCUGAGUCGAGCUUCCUCUCGGAACACUGAUGUUGAGGAAUACACAGAGACUUUCCAGAGCGAGUCGGAGAUUACCGAGGAGUCGGGGACUGUCACAGAGACCGAUGAAUCUGAAGUAGUUGAACGACAUAAGCCAACAAAAACAGCCUGGGAGGACAAGAGGAGGGGCACGGAAGACAAGAGGAGGACCACGAGGACCACAGAGGUAGGACUACAGACUGAGGAGCCGGGCCUGACCUACAGAUUCAACUACAGCCCGGGCUUCAUGGAUCCCGCCUCCAUAGCCUCCUAUGUUAUCAGCCCAGACUCACUCAAUGCCCUGACAUCCUACAGUCCCUGUAUGCUGGCCCUACACGACAUGCUCAAACAGCAGCUGGAGCUGACCAAAAGUUUCCUCCACUCUCAGCAAUCCCUGUAUCAAUCUAUGUCAAGUUCCUUGGACCACAAAUAUCGCUACACAACUCUACAGGACACUAAAAAGUACAUAAAGAAGCACAGAUCAAAGAAGAUGAGUUUAAAAGAAGCCCUGAAGCUUGUAGACUUAGAGAAUCAAAGUUAAGAAGGCUUGUCGGUGUCUUGUACUACAAUUUAUAAAUCCAGUGAGCAGGCCGUCUCUCUAGCAGCAGAUUUGUGAUUUGGUGCGGGAUAAAUCAUCAGUGAGAGGAGAGUGAUUUAUCGAUAGAAUGUUCUAAGUCUAUGAUUAGUUAGUGAAUAAAAGAAGAUGUGAGAGAUAAACUGAUAAAGGAGAUCCAUAUAUUGAUAUCAUGAGACGCCCACCGUGACAGAGGCGAACAAUAUCCGUCAAUAUCUCCACCAUCAUAACUGUCAAUGCAGCUAAAUUAUUACCAUCACCAAGACUUCACUCUGUCUCCACUCUUCUGAAACAAUGCUUUAAACAUUAAAGAGUUGUGAUGUCAAUAUUUAUUCUUAGAUUUUAAUUAAAAUUGAUUUAAUGAAAAGAAUUAUUCAUGGCUGUGGUCAGAAUUUACUUUGAUCUUGUGCUAAUCUCUGCUUUGAAAGUUAUGUUGAUUUCUUGCUUGAUUUCUACAGUAUUUUCAGAGAAUAUUAUUGGUGUUUUGUCACCUUUGAUAAAUUAUGUAGUUUAAAUUUGACAACAAAGUCUUUCAGAAUAAAGCCAAAACAAUGUAUCAAAGAAAAACAUAUUUUUUAAAAUAAAAUGAUAUACUAGUAUACGAUGCACACCCCCUCUCAAACUCAAACACAAACGGUGCAAUAAUGUAGACCUUAAACUGGCAUUUGUGUCGCAUCCAACCUCACCCCACCUGAUUGGACAAAAGCCUUGCUGUUCACUCCUCAUUGCUAAUCAUGUUACCUUACUUGCCUCUAAAGUUGUGUAAAUUGACUUCAUCAACUAAGUUUCUACUCAAUUAACAUUCAAUUUUCAUCAUACAAAAAUUUCUUAGGCACGUAAUGUGGCAACUCUAUAUUGUUAAAAUCGAAAAUGAUGGACUAUGGAGACAUAUCUCCAUAUUGCAACAAACAUUCUCGAAUAAACAUGACUUUAUACCCCGUUACUUAUUAAAUAUUUUUCUUUGCACUAUCUUUUCUAACGGCGUA